CAUGAGAUGUGGAGCAGCAGCAGCAGCAGCAGCAGCAGAGAGAGUAGCAGACAGAAAGCAUAGAAGCUGCUCCUUAGUCACCGCAGAUCAGCGCUAAAACAGCCAGUCGGUCCUUUUAACUGAUCCUUUGAUCUCAGUGCUCGCGCGCGCUCCUCACUGCUUUGAUCCAAGUUCUGUCGGGGAAAGCUCACCCCUCUGCUGUUAACAGGUUGGACAUCUAUUUAGAAAAGAAACAAAUAAAUAAGGAACUACAGAUUAUUUUUUUUAUUUUUUUUAUUUUGCGCGUCUUAUCUAAAAUCGCUAGAAAGAUGAUGAUGAUCAUCGCGGAGUUCUUCGUGGUUAUUUUAAAGGUGCUUUGGUCGUUUGUGACAGCCGGGGCCAGGUGGGUCGUGCAACCCAAGGAGAAGAGCGUGGCGGGACAGGUGUGCGUGAUCACCGGGGCCGGCAGCGGCCUCGGGCGGCUGUUUGCCAAGGAGUUCGCCCGGAGACGCGCAGUCCUCGUCCUGUGGGACAUAAACAGCCAGAGCAACGAGGAAACAGCGGAGAUGGUGCGAGAGAUAUACCGAGAAACGGAGACUCCCGCCGCCACAGACGGGCCUGUUGGAGGAGUGGAGGAGGUCCCUGCUUUUAAGCCUCAGGUCUACACCUAUGUGUGUGAUGUGGGAAAGCGUGAGAGUGUGUAUUCCACUGCGGAGAAGGUGCGGCGAGAGGUCGGCGAGGUGGACAUACUGAUCAACAAUGCCGGCGUGGUUUCAGGCCACCACCUGCUGGAGUGCCCUGAUGAGCUGAUUGAGCGCACCAUGGUGGUCAACUGUCACGCACACUUCUGGACCACCAAGGCGUUUCUCCCCAAGAUGCUGGAGCUGAAUCACGGUCACAUUGUGACUGUUGCCAGCUCCCUCGGUUUAUUCAGCACAGCUGGAGUUGAGGAUUACUGUGCCAGCAAGUUCGGUGCCAUCGGGUUUCAUGAGUCCCUGAGCCAUGAGAUUAAAGCCUCGGAGAAGGACGGCAUCAACAUGACCCUGGUGUGCCCUUACCUAGUCAACACGGGAAUGUUCAAAGGUUGCAGGAUAAGGAAGGAGAUCGAGCCUUUUCUGCCUCCCCUGUCGCCGGAGUUCUGUGUGAAGCAAGCCAUGAGAGCCAUCCUUACGGAUCAGCCGAUGGUCUGCACGCCUCGCAUCAUCUACAUGGUUAACUUUAUGAAAAGCAUCCUGCCCUUCGAAGCCAUCGUGUGCAUGUACAGGUUCCUCGGAGCCGAUAAGUGCAUGUACCCCUUCCUAGCUCAGAGGAAGGAGGCGAUGAACAACAAUGAAGCAAAGAACGGGAUCUAGGGGUCCAGCGUUUACAGCAUUUAUACCUGCAAGCAUUUGGAAACAACCACUGAAGAUAAAAGAUGGGGGAGGGUGAAAAGAAGAAAAAGACUGAAUCUAGACUGGUGCACUUGCAUUGAGCAAAUGCAAAGAUAUACCAUAUUGUUCCUCUGGAACAAAAAAGCUGCGUACUACACAAAGGAUAUAUUUGAUUUUUUUUUGCCUAGAAAUCAACAUCUAUAUACCUUCACUAGUUUUGAAAUCAUACAAAAAAGGUAUCCAGUAAUUAACUAUUUACAUAAUGUAGUCACCAGCCUUAUCUAGUGUCAUUGUGGAAAUAUACAGUAUGUUACUGUAAAAAAAAAAAAACAGUAAUCUUUUUUUCACUUAUUUUAUUUUUGUAGACAUGCACUGUAAUUUCUAAUUUUUAUAAUGAAAAUUCAGAUUUGCUUCCCUCCCCCCACUGUCAGUGAUAUUUGUAUAGACUUAACUCAAUGUUUCGAACUAAGCCAAGAUUUUCUCAUGCAGAGGCUCUUUUCCAGUCCAGUUUACCUUCUUUGCUGCGAUUCAUAAUGGCGUGCCAUUUUUUAAAAUCAAGCGAUCACCAUGUUUCUUCCUUUUUUUUUUUUUUUAUUUGCUUAGAGACAUAAUUUUA